AUGGAUACCAUCUUACAAACUAGAGGGCUUCUAUCUUUGCCUUCGAAGCCCAGAAUCAGAGCUUCCUAUCCAGUGCCUCAGGGGGGACUAAGGCACAGAUUUAAUGGUGCGAAUGGUUUGAAAGCAAAACCGUUUGAUGGGUUGUCUCUUUCGGCCGGUGGGUUGCCGAAAUUGGAAGCUUUUGUUGGAAAGCCUUCGUUGGUUGCUCAAAGGGGGAGAUGUUUCCCCGUCUGCAGGGCCGAGGCGGCGGCGGCGGAGGAUGGGCAGCCGUUGUUAGGGGGAGAAGCGGCGUCGGAGUCGCCUAAGUUUAUGGGCGUCGAUGUUGCCACCCUGAAGAAAAUCAUCCCCCUCGGGCUCAUGUUCUUUUGUAUCUUGUUCAAUUAUACAAUCCUGAGAGACACCAAAGAUGUGUUGGUGGUCACGGCUAAAGGGUCGAGCGCCGAGAUUAUUCCUUUCUUGAAAACUUGGGUGAAUUUGCCCAUGGCAAUAGGGUUCAUGAUUUUAUACACAAAAUUAGCUAAUGUGUUGUCCAAGGAGGCUCUUUUCUAUACUGUUAUUCUGCCCUUCAUCGCUUUCUUUGGGGCUUUUGGGUUCGUUUUGUACCCCCUCAGCAACUAUUUCCACCCCACAGCUCUUGCUGAUAAGCUUCUAAACAUCCUGGGUCCGAGGUUCCUUGGCCCAAUUGCAAUUCUGAGGAUCUGGAGUUUCUGCUUGUUCUAUGUCAUGGCUGAGCUUUGGGGAAGUGUGGUGGUUUCAGUCCUGUUUUGGGGGUUUGCUAAUCAGAUAACCACGGUUGAUGAGGCUAAAAAAUUCUAUCCUUUGUUUGGACUUGGUGCGAAUGUUGCUCUUAUUUUCUCUGGCCGUACAGUGAAGUACUUCUCGAAUUUGAGAAAAAGUUUGGGUCCUGGAGUUGAUGGUUGGGCCAUAUCCUUGAAAGGAAUGAUGACUAUUGUGGUUCUUAUGGGGCUUGCUAUUUGCUCUAUUUAUUGGUGGGUGAAUCAUAAUGUUUCUCUCCCUACCCGUAGUCAAAAGAAGAAGGAGAAGCCUAAUAUGGGAACAAUGGAGAGCUUGAAGUUCUUGGCGUCUUCAAAAUAUAUUAGGAAUCUUGCCACAUUGGUGGUGGCAUAUGGUAUAAGCAUCAACCUUGUUGAGGUUACAUGGAAAUCGAAGCUCAAAGCUCAGUUCCCAAGCCCGAAUGAGUAUUCAUCUUUCAUGGGCGAUUUCUCAACUGCCACCGGAAUUGCAACUUUUACAAUGAUGUUGCUAAGCCAAUGGGUGUUUGACAAGUAUGGUUGGGGAGUAGCAGCAAAGAUAACGCCAACCGUCUUGCUCCUUACUGGAGUUGGCUUCUUUUCCCUUAUUUUGUUCGGUGCCCCCCUCGCACCUACUCUUGCAACGUUCGGGAUGACUCCUCUUCUAGCGGCAGUUUAUGUGGGCGCGAUGCAGAACAUUUUCAGUAAGAGUGCAAAAUACAGCUUAUUUGAUCCAUGCAAGGAAAUGGCAUACAUUCCCUUAGAUGAGGACACCAAGGUGAAAGGCAAAGCCGCGAUUGAUGUAGUUUGCAAUCCAUUGGGGAAGUCCGGUGGAGCUUUGAUACAGCAAUUCAUGAUAUUAACAUUUGGUUCGCUUGCCAACUCGACUCCUUACCUCGGAGGCGUUCUCUUGGUUAUCGUUCUCGCAUGGUUGUCAGCGGCUAAGUCUUUGGAUGUUCAGUUCACUGCUUUGCGACGAGAAGAAGAGCUCGAGAAGGAGAUGGAGAGGGCAGCCGCCCUGAAAAUCCCCGUCGUGUCUGAAGGUGGAAAUGGUUCAGCGUCAUCAGUGAACCCCAUCGAAGGCGGCAUCGAAGGCGGCGCUUCUGCUGAACCCUACCCCCGCCCCCGGAACGUGUGAUGAUGAUUGAUACCGAUACCCCUUAGGCUCUUACAUAUCUUCCCGAAUAAUCGGAAGUUGUUAGGUGCAACAAUUUGGAGAAGUUAUUGAAUGUUGUUUUGUCAUAGGAAUUUGUUAUUAUGAUCAGUAGAAAUAAUCUGUAGUAUAAAAUCAGGCUUUGCACUGAUUAAAUUUUUCUCUAAUAUAUAUUUUAAGUCAAAGUUGUUUUCCC